UUUGCAAACAACUCUGCCAAUUCUAAAGAAGAACAACUUCCACAGUAAAUAAUUGAUUUACUGAUAUUUUACAUGUCGCGUGUAGGGGGCUCAUGAAUUGAGGAAGAUAAACAGAAAGAUCGUACUUGAUACUUCACUGAGGGUCGCCGGCCACGAGGGUCAAAAUGGUACUAUCUGACUACGGUUUGCCUCCAAAACAAGGCCUGUAUUCACCUGAACACGAAAAAGAUGCUUGUGGAGUUGGUUUUAUCGCUAAAAUUAAUGGAGAAACCUCUCACAAGAUUGUUAAAGAUGCUCUUAUCCUUCUAAAGAGAAUGAAUCAUCGUGGAGCUUGUGGGUGUGAGAAAAACACAGGUGACGGUGCUGGCAUAAUGUCAGGACACCCUCACCAAAUGUACCUAAAUAUUAUAGAAGAGAAUAAUCUUGGGUUUACUCUCCCACCUCCUGGUCAGUAUGCUUCAGGGGUUAUGUUCCUGGACCAAGAUAUUAACAAGGCUGUUGAAGGCCAGGAAGGGUUUGAAAAAGUAGCCAAUGAGCAUGGUUUUGAAGUUCUUGGUUGGUAUGAUAUACCUUUUAAUGACACUACUCUUGGCAAAACUGCUAAAGGAUGUCAGCCAAUCAUUAAGCAGGUGUUUGUAACAAGUUCAUAUGACCAGCAAUUAUUCCACCAUAAACUGUUUCAAAUGAGAAAAGUUGCAACACAUACAGUGAGAACCAAGAACAGGAGGUUUUAUAUUUGUAGUCUCUCUACUGACGUCAUUGUAUACAAGGGUAUGUUCACGACUGAUCAGCUCUCAGAGUUUUAUACUGAUCUUGACAGGGAAGACUAUGUAACCCAUUUUGCAAUAGUCCAUGGGAGAUUCUCAACAAACACAUUUCCAAGCUGGGAAAGAGCUCAUCCCAAUAGAUAUCUUUCACAUAAUGGUGAAAUCAAUACUAUAUGUGGCAAUACUAACAAUAUGAAUGCUAGAGAAGGAAACAUGUUUAGUGAAUAUUACGCAGAGCAGACAGAAAGCUUGUUUCCCGUCGUUGAGGAUGAACAGACAGAUUCAGGAAGAGUAGAUAACAUUCUAGAAUUGUUGAUCAUGGCUGGUAAUAGAACACUUCCUGAGGCUGUCAUGAUGUUAGUUCCUGAAGCAUGGCAAAAUGAUGAUCUGAUGAGCACAGAGAAGAAAAAUUUCUAUAAAUGGGCAUCUUGCUCAGUUGAACCAUGGGACGGUCCAGCACAGUUUACAUUCUCUGAUGGGCGCUAUGUUGGUGCCAUUCUUGAUAGAAAUGGGUUGCGCCCUUCAAGGUAUUACAUCACCCAUGAUGGUCAUAUGGUAAUGGCAAGUGAAGUAGGUGUCCACACAUUUGCUGAUGAAGAAAUCAAGAUCAAAGGACGGCUUCAGCCUGGUAAAAUGCUUCUUGUCGAUACAAAGCUUGGAAUCCUUGUUGAAGAUGAAGAGUUGAAACAUAACAUUGCAUGCAAAUAUCCUGUUGAGGAGUGGCUUGGCAAAGGAAUUGUUACUCUCUCUGACCUGCAUAAGGCUUACAAAAAGGCAAAGUGUCUUGAUGUCAAUGUGGAGCUCCCUGUAAUCCGUAGCCAUGAGAAGAUAACCUGUUUGGAACAAGAUCGACGAUUACCUUUGUUUGGCUACUCUGUGGAGGACUUGACAAUGUUAAUUGUUCCUAUGAUCAUCAAUAAGAAAGAAGCCAUAGGUUCAAUGGGUAAUGAUGCACCCUUGGCAUGUCUCAGUACACAUCCACAGAUGGUCUUUGAUUACUUCAAGCAGCUCUUUGCACAAGUCACCAAUCCACCAAUAGAUCCAAUCAGAGAAGCCAUUGUUAUGUCAUUGGCAUGUCCAGUCGGACCUGAACACAAUUUCCUGGACGCAAGUGCUAAAACCUGUCAGAGACUGUACCUUGAUCACCCUGUGCUGUCGUGUGCAGAUCUGGAAAUCAUUCGUGAAUGUCCACUGCCACAAUGGAAGAGUGCAACCCUUGAUAUUGUUUACCCAGUUGAUGAUGGCACAGAUGGCUUGGAACUAGCACUUGACAGGCUUUGCAAAGAAGCUUCAGAGGCUGUUGAUAAAGGAUGUGCAUUUAUUAUUCUUAGUGAUAGAAAAGCUGGUCCUAAAAGUGUUCCCAUAAGUUGCCUUAUUGCACUGGGCUGCAUCCAUCAUUAUCUGAACAGGACAAAGCAAAGAAGGAAGAUUGGACUAUUUAUUGAAUCAGCUGAGAUAAGGGAGACACAUCAUAUCUGUCUGUUGAUUGGCUAUGGUGGUGACGCUGUUUGUCCAUACUUGCUGUUGGAGACAGUUGCCAAUAUGCGAGAUCAAAAUCUGCUUAAGCCUCCUCUCACAGAUCAAGAGAUUGUUGAACACUAUAUCAUUGCUACACAGAAAGGGAUAUCUAAAGUCAUGGCCAAGAUGGGAAUAUCAACCUUACAUAGCUAUAAGGGAGCUCAACGAUUUGAAGCUGUUGGUAUUGCACAAGAGGUCAUUGAUAAGUGUUUUAUUGGCACUGAUUCUCGUCUUGGUGGUGUUUCCUUUGAUAUCUUGGCUCAAGAGGCUCUGGACAAACACAGUGUUGCAUAUGCUGACAGAGAGUGUGACAAUUGGCUUCUGACUAACAGAGGAGAAUAUCACUGGCGUGAUGGUGGUGAGAAGCAUGUUAAUGACCCAAGAAGUAUUUCACAUCUCCAGGAUGCCGUCAAACAAGCCAAUCAGGAAGCUUAUGAUAAAUAUGCUGUAUCAACACUAGAAAUGGUCAAAGCUUGUACCCUUCGUGGUCAGUUAAAGUUCAAGUUUUCUGAUAAACCUAUUGACUUGUCUGAAGUAGAACCAGCUGCUGAAAUUGUCAAACGUUUUGUCACAGGUGCAAUGAGUUUUGGGUCGAUAUCGAUAGAGACACACACGACACUAGCCAAAGCCAUGAAUAGUAUCGGAGGAAAAAGUAACACUGGAGAAGGUGGAGAAGACCCCAAUAGGGGUGGUGAGGGGAUGAAUAAUACUCGUUCAGCCAUUAGACAAAUAGCAUCAGGACGAUUUGGUGUAACUUCAACCUACUUGGCAAACGCUGAAGAACUGCAGAUUAAAAUGGCGCAGGGAGCAAAGCCAGGAGAAGGAGGAGAAUUACCAGGUCAUAAGGUAUCCCAUGAGAUCGCCAAGACACGUAAGUCAGUUCCAGGUGUAGGUCUCAUCAGUCCCCCUCCACAUCAUGACAUCUACUCCAUAGAGGACUUGGCCGAGCUUAUCUACAAUCUAAAGGCAUCCAAUCCGAGUUCUCGUAUCAGCGUAAAAUUGGUGUCAGAAGUGGGCGUUGGUGUGGUCGCUUCAGGUGUUGCCAAGGGACACGCAGAACAUAUCGUCAUUUCUGGUCAUGACGGUGGGACUGGGGCAAGCACUUGGUCAGGUAUCAAGCAUGCUGGGUUACCAUGGGAACUAGGUCUUUCAGAAGCUCAUCAGACUCUUGUGUUAAACGAUCUUCGUCGCCGCGUCGUUCUCCAAGUUGACGGGCAAAUGAGAACUGGACGAGAUGUCAUUGUUGCUGCAUUACUUGGGGCGGACGAAUUUGGAUUUUCCACUGCGCCGCUUAUCGCCCUGGGAUGCACCAUGAUGAGAAAAUGUCACCUUAACACAUGUCCUGUUGGCAUAGCAACUCAGGAUCCUGUGUUACGCAAAAAGUUCGAAGGAAAACCUGAAAAUGUCGUGAACUUUUUCUUCAUGUUAGCUGAAGAGGUGAGGACAUACUUGGCAAGGUUUGGAUAUCGUCGUAUGAGUGACAUUAUUGGACAAUGUGAUUUACUAUUAUCAGACGACGCUCAGAACAGGAAAACACAGCUUUUGGACUUCUCAUCCCUCUUGACGCACAGCAAUGAGUUGCGAGCCGGCGAUCACUCAGCGGGUACAGAGCCUCAAGAUCAUAAACUCGAGGAGCGUAAGGACAAUGAUCUGAUAGCUGCUGCCCAGGACGUACUGAAUGGCAAGAUUACGCGGGUGGUAUUGGACGUGACUAUUGUGAAUUCCGAUAGGGCCCUGGGUACUACUCUUAGCUAUCAUGUAGCAAGGCUUUACGGUGAGCAAGGUCUUCCUGAUGACGCAAUUCACGUCAACGUUCAUGGCUCAGCAGGUCAGAGCUUUGGCGCAUUUUUAUCCAAAGGGAUAACACUGGAACUAGAAGGAGACGCUAAUGAUUACGUUGGGAAGGGUCUGUCUGGAGGUCACGUGAUUGUGUAUCCGAGUCGAAAACACGGGCCUCACUUUAAAGCAGAAGACAACGUCAUAGUGGGAAACACGUGUUUGUAUGGAGCAACCUCAGGCAAGGCUUUUAUACGUGGUAUUACCGCUGAGCGCUUCUGUGUACGCAACUCGGGCGCAGUAGCCGUAUGUGAGGGUGUUGGUGAUCAUUGCUGUGAAUACAUGACAGGGGGGAUGGUGGUUGUUCUUGGUUCUACUGGACGAAACUUUGCCGCAGGGAUGUACGGUGGAAUAGCAUUUGUACUUGAUAGAGAAAACACUUUAACUUUGAAAUGCAACCAUGACACUGUUGACCUGGAGAGCGUGGUUGGAAAUGACGUUGAUAUGUUGAAAGGAUUGCUGGAGGAACAUUUGGAGAAGACUGGAUCUAGGGUGGCAAAGAUCCUGCUGGAUGAUUGGACGAGUGCUGUCCAUUAUUUUACAAAGAUCAUCCCCAAAGGAUAUAAAGACGUAUUAGCGAACCUUCAAAAAGAAUGCGACGAGAACAUUGAAAAGGAAACUAGAUCAUCAAGUGAAAACAAAGAAAAGAAAGAAGACUCCCCACCACCUGUAAAGAAGAUCAACAACGCACCGAUCGUGGACAUCGAGUCAGCUAUUCCUGACAUGACGAUGGAACAGAAGAUUAUUGACCGCGUCCUCGAUAAGACUAGAGGGUUUGUAAAGUAUGCUCGAAGUGGCAAUCCUUAUCGUCCUGCUAAACAACGCAUCAAUGACUGGAAAGAGAUCUAUUCACACAAGAAGCAAGACCUCAAAGUGCAAGCAGCAAGAUGCAUGGAUUGUGGAGUACCAUUUUGCCAGAGUAACACAGGAUGCCCGCUUGGAAAUGUUAUACCGAAAUGGAAUGAUCUUGUAUUCCAGGAUGAAUGGCAGCAAGCCCUGGAUAGACUUCUACAGACCAACAAUUUCCCAGAAUUCACAGGGCGAGUUUGCCCGGCGCCUUGCGAAGGGGCCUGUGUACUAAGUAUUAACGCCAAACCAGUAACAAUCAAGAAGAUCGAAUGUACAAUUAUUGACCACGCCUUUGAAAAGGGCUGGAUUAAGCCACAGAUUCCUCUAAAAAGAACAGGAAAAUGCAUUGCUAUCGUGGGGAGUGGACCGGCCGGUAUGGCUGCAGCCUCGCAGCUUAACAAGGCUGGUCACUUAGUUACGGUGUACGAACGUAACGAUCGUUGUGGAGGACUUCUAACGUACGGAAUUCCGUCGAUGAAACUUGACAAAUACAUUGUGCAGCGUCGUCUUGACCUGAUGAAGGAUGAAGGUAUUAUAUUUAAGACUAAUGCUGAAGUAGGAAAAACAGUUGGCGCGAAAGAGCUUUUGUCUGAGAAUGACGCUGUACUAUUGGCUGUGGGCUCAACUUGGCCACGUGAUCUGCCUAUUCCAGGUCGUCACUUGAAGGGAGUCCAUUUUGCAAUGAACUUCUUGGAGACAAGUCAAAAGAGACAAAUGGGUAACUAUAAUCUGCCUUCAUUGGACGCCACGGGUAAAGACGUGGUUGUGAUUGGUGGAGGAGACACUGGAGUCGACUGUAUUGGUACCUCAGUCAGGCAGGACGCCAGGAGCAUUACAACGUUUGAGCUUCUUGCUGAGCCACCGCACACUCGGUCAGCAAACAACCCAUGGCCAACAUGGCCGAGGAUAUUCCGAGUAGAGUAUGGGCACGAGGAGGUUGCUAUCAAAUAUGGACGUGAUCCUCGUGUGUAUAAUAUCAUGAGUAAAGAGUUCAUUGGUAACGAGGAUGGUCACGUGACUGGUAUCAAGGCAGUUGAGAUUCAGUGGGUGAAGGAUUUAAGCGGUCGUUGGGCGAUAAGAGAAGUACCCAACACAGAACAAGUGAUACAAGCUGAUCUUGUGCUAAUUGCUUUGGGAUUCAUUGGACCUGAAAAAUCACUCGCCAAACAGUUUGGCGCGAAACUCGAUUUACGUGGAAACUUUGCCACAAAACGAGGAGAAUAUCAAACUAACAUUGAUAAACUCUACACCGCAGGAGAUUGCCACUUUGGUCAAUCCCUCAUUGUGACUGCAAUAGCUGAAGGACGUCAAGCUGCUAGAGAAAUCGAUUUGUCUUUGAUGGGCACAUCAUCACUGGCUGGACCUGGUGGUCAAAUCCACACCACAAGACCGCCUCCAAAGUGGCCACGAUAGCACUUAAGCAAUUCCAACUUGGUUUGCAUCCUUCUAUGUUCAAUUUUUACUACUGUAUUGAUAAAUCAGAGAUAUGGGCAGUCAGAGAUGUUUAUUUAUUUACAGCUACUAUAGUGAAGGCACUCUAAAGAAUAAACAAAUAAGUCAAGGGGUAUAAGGGAAACUAAAGAUAAAAACACCUUCUAAAAGGUGCAUUAGAUUGCAAAACCAUUCAGUAUGCAACCCUUAGCACUAUUUAUUGGUUAAUACUUUGAAAUAUUUGCAUUGGACAUUGUUUGGCAUUAUUUGUAGUAUAUUUGUGGUUACUCUAAGAAUUCUUGUGUAUCAGAAUAGAUAAAACUAUUAUUGUAGGUAUAAGUGCAUGUAAAUAAAAGGGAUACAUUUUUA